AUGAAGAAAUUCCUUGGGAAUAUCAAAAAGAAGAGUGGCAGCCCCGAGCGGAAUGGAAGUGCGCCGGUUGUGCUGCCUCAGGGUGACGCUCCUGAAGCUGUUGUUGUGCGCGAAGUGACUGCAUUCUGUGAAUCUGGUGCACCCAACUCAGCGGCCGCCGGCGACGAGUACCUCCAUCUUCCUGCGAUUGUGGAUGCAGCCGAAUCAAGUCCUACUGCGGCCAGAGAAGCCGCCGCCACCAUUCGCCGUUAUCUGUCAAAAGACCAUUACCAGCGAGGCUUUGCGCAAUAUAACGCAGUCAUGUUGUUGCGCAUCUUGACCGACAACCCCGGGCAGGCCUUUACACAAAACUUCGACGCUAAGUUCUUGUCAACUAUCAAGGAACUACUCCGAGAAGGCAAAGACGGCAGUGUACAGCAAAUCUUGAGGGAGACACUGGAUUAUUUUGAGGUGGAAAAGGCUCCAGGAAACGAUACGCUCGGCCCGCUGGUUGAAAUGUGGAGGAAGGAGAAGGGAAAGCGUAACACGCUUCGCCAGACGGUAGGUUCAACUGCUGUGAAAGCCUUGUUUCAAGAUCAUCAGACUGAACAACUGCAACAGCAUCGAGUCCCUCCCCCAUUUAUGGGACAGCAGCAUCAAUCGAGUCGGAGAACUGAUGUCCUUCCUCCUCCAGAAGAGCUGGCUUCCCGAAUAGAAGAAGCAAAGACCACUGCUCGACUUUUGGUGCAAACGGUCCAGUCAACGCCACAGUCGGAGCUGCUGGCCAACGAUCUUGUGCAGGAGUUUGCAGGCAGAGCCCAGUCCGCCCAGAGGAGUAUCCAGGCGUACAUGAAUUGCCAGAACCCGGCUCCGGACCCAGACACCAUGCUCACCUUGAUUGAGACUAACGAUCAACUGAACAUUGCCAUGUCCAAACAUCAGCGAUCCGUGCUGCAGGCGAGAAAGGCCCAGGGCACUGCUACUCCCAGUCCUGGACCACAAACUGAGUCAAUGCCCAACCCGCUCUCUAUGCCUCAACAUACUCUAGGUCAAAAUGUGUACGCUUCAGGUGGUCAAGGUGGCCCACAGGCAUAUUCGAUAUCAGCCCACCAAGGACAGAACGCCACUCCUCCAUCAGUCAAUCCACAACGGGACGAGGAACAGUACGCUCCUCCUCCAGGGCCGCCUCCGGCCGCUCGUGGCGCUGUUAGAAAUCAAGAGGCUACAAACAGUCACAGUCACUCAGGCUUAUUCUCCGCCACGGAGACAGCGCCUCCAUUGCCGACACGCGCCCGUCCGCAAUCUCAGGCCGCUGCAUACGGAGUUGGAGAUAACCCAUUUGCAGAUGAUGCUUAUGGGCCUGACUCGCCGCAGCACAACAAAUCGAAUACAUCGUACAACCUCGUCGACAUUGACGACACACCGUCACCUAAGCGUCAAGACAGCUUUCCGCUCCGGCAUGAUACCGAGAACAGUAGGGAGCAGCACCAGGUGAAUCCUUACGGUACGACAUCAGGUUAUAUGCACCGGCAGGAUUCACCUCCCGCACAUGGGGCAAUACACGGAACAGGCGCUGAUGACAUCCUUGCACAUCAAGACCAGCCGAGUAAUGAACGUGCAACGGAUUUCAUGAGUCCGGUAGACGACACCGGACGGAGGAUGAACGACAUGCAUAUUUGA